AUGGCUACCGAAGGGCACAACGUAGAUGCAAACUUGCUUACGUUGGGCCGCGACCAUGGUCAUUACUUCCAGAAAAAGACGUUUGGGAAGCCGACUUACUGUCACCACUGCUGUGACAAAAUAUGGGGAAUGCUUACGCAAGGAUACGCUUGCGAAGGUUCUCUCCGUAAAUGAAUACUCCCCAACACCUCAAUUAUUUCAGUGUGCAAUUUUGUGUGUCAUGAAAAAUGCUUGAAAACGGUUGUUUCAUAUUGUAGCGGUGUUGCCCUUCAACUCAUCAAGGUUCGCUUUCCCUUCGAAACAUCGUUUCAAGCGCAAUUUCAAACAGAAUCCGGUUGCGCAUACAUGGUCACAGCCUGGAAUCAUCAAAAGAAAGUUCUGUUGUGUGUGCAGAAAAAGAACUGACGAGGCCUUAUCAGUAGAAUGCGAAGGUAAGUAGAGUUAGCCCAAUCCCUAAAAUUUAACUUUUUUUGGGGUGUAAGCGGUUAACAAAAAGCAAUAAUUUAUAUUGUAUGUAUUCUUCCGAAAUUCUUUAAAAUGACGUUUAAAAAGAAGAUCAAAAGCGCUCGAAAAGCUUUCUGAAAACACAAUCGUGAAGCGUCCUCAGUUCGUUAGGCUUCCGGACGUCGACAUUUUCUCGAAUUCUAGUACAAAUUGCCACGUUUUCUUCAACCGCUUCAGAGUGUUGUGUUGCUAAGUUUUAUCAUAAGUAGAGAUUUGGACGUUAUGAUAGGGCGAAACUCAUGGAUUUCCAGUAUCCUUCAAACUUUCCUUUUCCAGUUUGUGAGUACUACGUCCAUGUUGACUGCUCCGAUCUCGCCGUUUCCGACUGUAAAGAAGCGGCAACUUUCGUUCCAAAUAUCGAUAAGGUUCGCUCAACCAGAGACAAUUUUAAAAUGAAAAUAUUCUUCGCCAAUUUUGCGAGACAAAAAAAACAGCGCAGUCUGUAGUGUGCUAGUAUCACAUGAGUUCAAGCUAUAAUUGUUGCCGCUGCACACUUAAAAGUAUUGCUUUACUCUGGUGCUUGGUACAAAAUCCAGAGGAAACAGACAUCGAAAACAAAAUUUGCUUCUUUUCGCCAGCGUAUGCAAUUCAGAUUAAUGGUUAGAAAGAUUUAUUCGAGCCCUCCAGUUGUAAUUCGAAAGCUUAGUUCCACGCACAGACGCGGCUCAAAAAAGGAGUCUUCGGCAUGUUCAACACAAAAGAAAGAAAAUUUGAAUUGCGAUGUGAUCCAGAUUUUUUUUCGAAGAGAAAACUUUUGACGUGAAUCUGAUUCGUUUAAUUUUAGAAUACAAGUUGAAAACUAAUUUUCUAUAAACCGAGGAGCAAAAAAAAACCAAUCUAAACAUAAAACUAAGUCGGAAAAGUUGAUUAAUUGAACUAGCCAAUUCAUAAAUUUUUCAGAAAUUUAAAAACAUUUUAUUUAGUUGCAAAACUCCGUGGUACAGUAUCAUCAUAUGAGAGAAGGAAAUCUUCCGAAAGAUUCAAAAUGCGUCGUUUGUCGCAAAACGUGCUUUUCAACGGAGUGCCUUGCUGGUAUGCGGUGUGAAUGGUGCGGCCAAACGGUUAGAUCUUUUUUUAUUUUGGCUUGAAAGCAUUUUUCGUUUGAAAAAGUUCCGUUUGUACUACUCCAUAAGAAAAAAAGCCUCCAAAAGUGAUUUACUGGCUCAGAGGCUCGUAAUGGUCUCAAUCAGAAGUGAGAAGUUGCGUUUGCGACGCGGCUUUUUGGAGGGACAUCGAGGUUAACCACGAGCUACCAUUUUCACUCCUUUCUCGGUAUCUCUCUAAUAAAUUGUAUAUUAUACACGUUUGAAAAGAUUCAGUUGAACGGAUAAAGUAUAAAAAGAACCAAAAACUUAUCAUUUUUUUCUCUAGCUUUACAUGAUUGCGUUAGAUCUUUAACUUCUCUCUAAGCCGCAUCGCACACGCAGCGCUUCACCCUUGCUAAUCUACCCACCUUGUCUUUGGAGUCGUGAACAAUUUAUUAUUUGAAAAAAUAUGAAAUUAAGGCUCACGCACUGUGUUACCGCCAAAUGAGCAAAGAGUGCGACUUCGGGGUUCUGAGGAAGAUUAUGCUGCAGCCGUAUUCUCUGACCAUUCCGCGGACCGAGUUGCCGAUGGAGCAGCUCCUUAACAUCACCUCGCAUGACCAGCCUCAGUCUCGUAAGGGUCAGACUCUAUGACUGUCCUGUCUUCUGCACUGAGUCCUUCAACGCUUUCUGUCUAGCUGACCCUUCUUCUGUUUCAUGCUCUUCCUUUUCAUCGCGAUCUUCGUACAUGAGAGAAAUUCGUUAUGUUUCUCGCAUUAAUUUUUCUCCAGAAUCUCAAGCGAAGACGGUUAUUUUAGAUCUAAAACCGGAGUCCCUAGAAACUUUCCUGAAUCAUAUUAAACAUUUUAUUCAAAAUUCAUAUUUGAAGUAACUUCUUACUUGAACCGAUGAACUUUGCGUAACUAUCUUUCUGCUGAAAAUGUUGGUUUCUUUCUAACAAUCAAUUUUAUAUCUUCUUUUCUCGUGCUCCACCAAAAAAUUACGAAAUUUUUGGAGAAGAUAUCCCAAGCUUUUUUUAAUGACCUUCCUACAGUUGAGUAGUUGAGCAGAAGCAGAUUCUGAAAACUAAAUAAUGAGAGAAAAAAGGGAAACCAACCUAAAGCUACAGUAAAGAAAACGAAACAAGAUGUGGAAAAAAAAUGUUUUUCACAUUGUCGAUUGAAACUACGCUCGAACUUUCGAAAGAAACUGGAGCAUUGAAGUUGGGAAUGGUCUUUUAGUAGGUCUGUGGUUGCCCUCUCAUGUACGGAACGAUUGUUCUGCUUUUAAAACUUUUUCAUUUCCGAGUUUCAUGAAUGUUUGAAGACAGACUAAUAGGCGUUACAAUCACAAAAAGUUGCUAGUUCCGGUCAAAAUAUCUUUUUAAGUUUCUUCCCCAUCAAAAAUCCAAGCGGACGACGUUUCCACCGGAUUCGAUGACAUCAAAGAAAAAGAAGACAUGGAAAUCUUGCGUAUUUUCGACGGCAACAGCUCCCUUCGUUCUCAAGUAAUCAUGUUCCUUUGUCAAGGAAACAACUCAAAUGCUUGCAGAUAUUCCGCACAGCCAGCGUUCCAAAAACUUCUUCGGUGCAACAAAUUCGGGUACGUUGACCAAACUUUUCCUAUUGGUUUUUGACAUUUCCUUCUUCGAAUUAGCCAAAUCUGUUUCGAGAAGGGUGUUCCCGUAGAGAAACAUUUUAUUUUUUUAUUUGUAUCCAAUUCUAAUGAGCACAGCUGAUUCUCUCAGCUUGCUUCGUCGCAAGGAAAAAUGUUAAUUGGUUUAAGUGGUCAGAAAUAACAGAAAAUCAAAAUUAAUAAGGUCAGUGUUACAGUAUGCUUUUCAGAAGAACUUUGUUCAUGGUUUUGAAAAACGGAUACAAUUUAUUAGUUUUUUUCAUUUUGGUAUGAGCAUUCUUUGAAUUUCGUUUUCAGGACGCUGCGUUGCGCCGGUUCCACAUAAUCGACAACCCCGAGAAUUACUACGUCACGCAACUCGUUAACGAAGGUACAAAUUAUUCGUAUCUCAGGUGCUUUAUUUUGCUCAGACUGCGCAGGUGGCGAAGAAGAGUCUCUCGAAGACCCGGUGCCUCUUAGAAACGUGAAACGACCUGAGGGGAGACGAGCGCAGAUUUUCCUUCGCUAUCGAGACGAUCCUGAAAAAGACGUCGUUAAAAUUUACGGCGGCUGGCUACGGUAGCGAAAUUGCGGCUUGGAUAAUCUGACGAUGGCUGCCUUUUUCAGGGUUCCUGUCACUUUUUGCAGUCUUGCCGUUAACAAAGACACACUUGUACAAGAUGCGAUUUCGCAGGCCUUGGAGAAGUUUGGUCUUGACGGAAACACGUGGAACCGGUGAUUAUUGCAGUGGAAAAGCCAAAAAUGAAUCAUUUUUAGGUACAAUCUCAUAGAAGUUUCUCUGGACCGUGGAGUUGCUGAGCGGACUUGCAACGCUCAAGAAAACAUGCUACAGCUUGUCAGAAAUCUCCGAAAAGUGAAAUUUAACUCCAAGAUUGAAAUCCGAAAGAGAUGCGGGACGAUUUCUAGAUUCAUUGUUUUCAGGACUCUUUGCGGAGAUAUCACGUCGUUAGGUUUUACGUUCAAGAAAAGGAAGAUCCCCAUGACCACGCAGUUUUUGUGGGAAACUUGCCUGUUUCUUUAGCACAACGUCAGUAUGAAAGAAUUCUGUUAAAAUUAUUAGGGGCCAAAGGUACACAUACAAAUUGGUGCUGAUCGAAUAUUUUGUAUACUUAAGAGAAACCGUUCACCGCCAUUGGUCCUAUCUACUUCGAAUACGGAUCCCUUGUGAUAACUUUUAAUACGCCUAAAGCAGCAACAGCAGCAGUUCAAAAACUUCAAAACGCUGUUUAUGAAGACAAAAAACUUAUCGUGCUUUGCUUGCCAAACGUUCAAGUGAGUUUCUUAAAAAGACCAAAAGACUCGUCUAUAUAACUUUAGCCUCAAAUGUUGCCGGAAGACGGGGAACCAUUGUUGGUACUGGUGAAUGUAAAAAGUGGGGGUUGUCAAGGAACAGAACUGAUCCAGUCUUUUCGCAAACUUCUGAACCCAUUUCAAGUUUUUGACGUUUUGAAAGGAGGUCCACUUGUUGGGUUAAUGAUUUUUUUUUUCUGGUCUAACUUGUUUGUUUUCUUCAGCUUGUAUGUGUUCCGAAAUAUUCCAAAAUAUAAAAUACUGGCUUGUGGAGGCGAUGGCACGAUCGGCUGGGUUUUACAAUGUUUGGACAUUGCAAAGCAGGUUUUUUGAUAAUUUUUUGAUUUCUGUAACGAGAAAAUGAGUAGGAUGCGGCUUGCUUUUCUCCUCCUUGUGGUAUCGUGCCGCUCGGAACAGGAAAUGAUCUUGCGAGAGUUUUGCGAUGGGGUGGAGGUUACACAGGCGAAGAAAAUCCUCUUGACAUUCUGAAGGUGAGCCAGUAAUUCCACGGAACUUAGCAAUUGGAACUUUUUAAGGACGUAAUUGAGGCUGAUGAAGUGCGUUUGGAUCGGUGGGCGGUUGUUUUCCACGAAGAAGAGCGCAGUCAACCUCCUACGCAGGUAGCAAUUAUCUGCUUUUUUUUGAACUUGUAAAAAAAUGUUUAAGAAGUGAUGUGAUCUUUCAUGAAAACAAAUAAAGAAAGGAACUGUAAAAAAAUAAGCAAUCUCUUCUUUUUGAAACUCUUCAAAAGCUGUCAAAUUUGUUCAUUCAGAGGGUUUUCUGAGCCAUCACUGUUUGUUUUCUUCAGGUAAGCUCGAGCAGCAACACGGUCGAGUCUGAGCAGACAAUGAACAAUCCUGAAGACCAAACUAGCAUGAUCAUCAUGAACAAUUACUUUGGCAUCGGAAUAGAUGCUGACGUCUGUCUCAAAUUUCAUAAUAAGGUAAGAAACAUGAAUUAACUGUCUUUUUGCAAAAGAAAAUUUUGAAGAGAGACGCCAACCCAGAAAAGUUUCAAUCUCGUCUUUUCAACAAAACACAAUACGCGAAAAUUGGAUUGCAAAAGAUGUUCUUUGAAAGAACGUGCAAAGAUCUUUGGAAGCGCAUCGAACUCGAGGUUGUCCUUGAAAAGUUGAAAAUAUAAAUUCAUUUAUUUUGAGGUUGAUGGAAAGCCUAUUGAGUUGCCGAACAUUGAGGGAAUUGUUGUUUUGAAUCUUCUGAGUUGGGGAAGCGGUGCCAAUCCUUGGGGCACAGCCAAAGAAGAAGGCGUCUUCCAGAAGCCGACUCAUUAUGAUGGGCUCCUCGAGGUCAGUUUUUAACUCAAAUUUCAUGAAAAUAAAGAAGGAAAAGUGGUUUUUUCAAAGUUCUUUUAUUUUCAGGUUGUUGGAAUUUCUGACGUUUCUCGACUGGGACUUAUACAAUCAAAACUUGCCGCUGGCAUUCGGAUAGCCCAAGGAGGAAGUGUAAGCCUUUUAAACCAGUAGAAAUUUCAUCAGAUCAAAAAGUUGAUGAGGGAUGAAAAAAUCGAAACUAAUUUCUCAUGAAGAGUUUUAAUCGUACGAGGAUAGCGCUGAAAUUUCAUAUUCAAACGCGCUCAAUCUGAAUAAUUUGCAUGCAUCCACGGAAAGUGCCGUCAAAGCCGCUAAGAGUCGUUCGGACGUCUUCCUUCAUCGAUCUAAAUAGAGCUCUUUACAAGUGUGAAUCUAUUCCACAUGUCCCCAACCUUUCCUAGUUCGAACUCAUGAAGCACACAAGAGUUUGGAAAAACAAAAAGUUUAAACGUUUCAUAUGAUGAAAAUUUAUCAAAAGUACUAUUUGAAAAAGACUCAGUCCAAUUUUUCAAGUUUUCGAAAGAAACCUUUAGCACCAAGUGUUUGGGAAUAUUUAAAGCCUAACCUAAACACGAAGACUUUUUUGAAUCACCUGUUUUUAUCGAAACAUCUUUUCUUGAAAAAAAAAAUUUAUUUGGAACGAGACAGAUUUUUUUACAUGUUGAUGCUGAACAAGUCAACAAAAAUCAAAAUUUUCACUUCAUGGAAAUUUAUUCCCAUUUGGUUAAGGUUGAAUAAGGAAAAUAAAAACAAUGGGAAAAUUAUGACAACUGGAACUGUGAGAAGAUUGUGAGGUUGAAUUUAGUAACGGUCAUUAUCGAAGAAUUAAAAAAAAUGAUAUUCAUAUCGGCGUUUUGGACGGUAUUAACAGGUCACUUGCUCUUUUUUCAAAUAAAUAUAAAUCCCCGACGAAGUUUCGGAUUCGAUUCGCAAUCAAUAUAUCGAACGUUUUAGAUGAAGCGAAAAUGUAUCUAUCCAAUAGAGAGAAAGUUUGAAAUGCACGAGAUCAUUUCUACAAGCUUUCAAAAACUUUUCAUACAGAUCCGGAUAACGACUCACGAAGAGUGGCCGGUCCAAGUGGACGGCGAGCCUCACAUUCAACCUCCAGGGACCAUCACGAUCCUCAAGUCGGCGUUGCGGGUUAGUUGACUCAAGCUUGGCUCCUUGGUUCUUUCGAGUUCUCUGUCGGCGCUAACCACGCAAAAAUAAGACGGAUUGUUUCUGUUGUGACUUACGUUCUGCUUUGCUUUCGUGUGCUAACCACCAAAUUUUCCAGGCUCAAAUGCUGAAAAAAGCUAAAAAAUCGCGUCGUGGCGGCGCGGCCAGCGCUCAAGUUCGCGCUGUCGCUUCCGAAGGCUCGCCUUCUGGACCGUUGGGAGUACCGUCGUCGCUCGGAGAUCCAGCUCACGGCAAGUCGACGCCGGACGCCCUCGGCGAUUCCGAUGAAGAGGGCGAUGCCUUCCUCUGA